GAGCCCGGCCCGCCGGGACCCCCGGCGCCUGGCCCUGCGAGCCGAGGUCUGCUGGGAAUUGGCCCAAGUGAGAGCAGUGGGCCUGCUAACUCCUGGUGGCUGUUGAGUGGCAGCAGCAGCAGGAGCCAGGAUCAAGGACAAGCAGGAGCUGUGAGCUCCAGGCUCUGCCAUGGCCCCAUUCCUACGCAUUGCCUUCAACUCCUAUGAGCUGGGCUCCCUGCAGACCGAGGAUGAGGCUGGCCAGCCCUUCUGUGCCGUGAAGAUGAAGGAAGCACUCUGCACAGAGCGAGGGAAGACACUGGUACAGAAGAAGCCCACCAUGUAUCCUGAAUGGAAGUCGACCUUUGAUGCCCACAUUUACGAGGGCCGUGUCAUUCAGAUUGUGCUGAUGAGAGCAGCUGAGGACCCAGUGUCCGAGGUGACCGUGGGCGUGUCUGUGUUGGCUGAGCGCUGUAAGAAGAACCAUGGCAAGGCUGAGUUCUGGCUGGACCUGCAGCCCCAGGCCAAGGUGCUGAUGUCUGUGCAGUACUUCCUAGAGGAUGGGGAUUGCAAACAGUCUAUGCGCAGUGAGGACGAGGCCAAGUUCCCAACAAUGAACCGCCGAGGAGCCAUCAAACAAGCCAAAAUCCACUACAUCAAGAAUCACGAGUUCAUCGCUACCUUCUUUGGGCAGCCCACCUUUUGUUCUGUGUGCAAAGAGUUUGUCUGGGGCCUCAACAAGCAAGGCUACAAAUGCAGGCAAUGCAACGCUGCCAUCCACAAGAAAUGCAUUGACAAGAUCAUCGGCCGGUGCACGGGCACUGCAGCCAACAGCCGGGAUACCAUAUUCCAGAAAGAACGCUUCAACAUCGACAUGCCACACCGGUUCAAGGUUUACAACUACAUGAGCCCCACCUUCUGUGACCACUGUGGCAGCUUGCUCUGGGGGCUAGUGAAGCAAGGGUUAAAGUGUGAAGACUGUGGCAUGAACGUGCACCACAAAUGCCGGGAGAAAGUGGCCAAUCUGUGUGGCAUCAACCAGAAGCUCUUGGCUGAGGCCUUGAACCAAGUCAGCCAGAGAUCCUCCCGGAGGCUGGACUCAGGGCCAUCAGAGAAUGUUGGAAUAUACCAGGGUUUUGAGAAGAAGCCAGGAAUCUCUGGGGAUGAUGCCCCAGGUGAAGCUGGGUCCAAUCCCCCCAAUAAAGCUCCCACUCCCCACCAGGGCACAGAAAAGGGCGUGUCUUCCUUGUCGAACAACAAUGGGACCUAUGGUAAGAUCUGGGAGAGCAGCACCCGGUGCAACAUCGAGAACUUCACUUUCCACAAGGUCCUGGGCAAAGGCAGCUUUGGUAAGGUGCUGCUUGCAGAGCUGAAGGGCAAAGGGCAGUACUUCGCUGUCAAGUACCUUAAGAAGGACGUGGUACUGAUUGAUGACGACGUGGAGUGCACCAUGGUGGAGAAGCGGGUGCUGGCGCUCGCCUGGGAAAAUCCCUUUCUAACCCACCUCAUCUGCACCUUCCAGACCAAGGACCAUCUGUUCUUUGUGAUGGAGUUCCUCAGUGGAGGGGAUCUGAUGUACCACAUCCAGGACAAAGGCCGCUUCGAACUCUACCGGGCCACGUUUUAUGCAGCUGAGAUAAUCUGCGGGCUGCAGUUUCUACACAGCAAAGGGGUUAUUUACAGGGACCUCAAGUUAGACAAUGUGAUGCUGGAUCGUGAUGGCCACAUCAAGAUUGCUGACUUCGGGAUGUGCAAAGAGAACAUAUUUGGAGAGAACUUGGCCAGCACCUUCUGUGGCACCCCUGACUACAUUGCCCCUGAGAUUUUGCAGGGCCUGAAGUACACAUUCUCCGUGGACUGGUGGUCCUUCGGGGUUCUCCUCUAUGAGAUGCUCAUUGGCCAGUCCCCCUUCCAUGGUGAUGAUGAGGACGAACUUUUUGAGUCCAUUCGGGUAGACACUCCGCAUUAUCCCCGCUGGAUCACCAAGGAGUCCAAGGACAUCAUGGAAAAGCUGUUCGAGAGGGACCCAGUCAAGAGGUUGGGGAUGACAGGAAACAUCCGGACUCACCCCUUCUUUAAGACCAUCAACUGGACCCUGCUGGAGAAGAGGAAGGUUGAGCCGCCCUUCAGGCCCAAAGUGAAGUCCCCUGGAGACUACAGCAACUUUGACCAAGAGUUCCUGAAUGAGAAGCCCCGCCUCUCCUACAGUGACAAGAACCUCAUCGACUCCAUGGACCAGACAGCCUUUGCUGGCUUCUCUUUCGUGAAUCCAAAAUAUGAGCACCUCAUGGACAAGUGAACUCUUGGACCUGUCCUCUGAACCCUGGCAGAGCAGGCCAGCCCUCCCUAGCCUGCACCCGUGCUGCCCACAGUGUAGUGGGGUGACUUUGCUGCUGCCCCUUCUUCCCCAGAGGGCUCAGCUCCUGCUGGCUGGGCUCACAGUACUUCCUCUGUGAACUGUGUUGUGAAUUUGCUUUCCCUCUGCCUUCAAAGGGAAACUGUAAAUCCUGUGUUCAUUACUUGAAUGUAGUUAUCUAUUGAAAAUAUAUGUUUUAUAUAUAUAUAUAUAUAUAUGCACAGAUAUAUAAUAGGCUGUAUAUAUUGCUCAAUAGAAAGAAAGCAUGUAGGAGACUGAUGUGUUGAUCUUUUUAAAUAUACACACAUAUGUACAAAAAUAAGAAAGAAAAGAGCACAAGCUGUUUGAACCAUCAGAUUCUUUUAUGUAUGUGUCUGAAUAAACACUGAAUGGUACCAA